AUAUGUACACAUAGUCAUAGCUUGCACACCUGUCUUUAAUUAUAAUAGAAGCAAAACAUGCACACAUAUGAGUGUACAACGAUUCUUAUUCUUAGCUAAAAUGAAUAAAUUAUUUGUACCACACACUACUUUCUAGUUGAAAGAGAGAAAUUGAGAAAUAAUGGAGAGAAGAAGAGAGUGUCAUCCUCUAUUGAGAGGUGGAAAAAGAAGAAGAAAUAGUAGAGGAAAAUAUAAUACACAUGAUUUUUCUUUAACUCAGAUGGAAUCACUUGCAAGCAUAUGUGAAGCUAUUUUGCCUCCUAUUGAGUCAGAAUUUUUGGAGACAAAAGGAAUUCAACCAACAAGCAAAGCUAUGAAGUUCUUCUGGAAAGUUUCUGGCUCUGAUUUGUCUAUCCCUAAUCAGGUUGCAGAGAUACUAGUUGAAAGAGCACUGCCAGAAGCAUUUAUAUUCCUAAGAGUGAUUCUAUGGAUGCUAUCAACAAGGUUGGGAACUUUGUUGCUGUGUGGAUCUCUCUGUCUCACUAAUAAAUGGACUUUCAUCAAUAACUUCUCAAAUAUUUCUUUGGAAAAUAGAGAAAAAGUUAUUCAGAAAUGGUUGAAGCAUAGGUUCUUCACACCUAUUAGGCUUAUAUUUAUUUACAUCAAAGUCCUUUGCCUCAUGGUUUUCUUUUCUCAGUGUGAUGAGAAUGGUGAAAACCAAGCAUGGGAAGCCAUUGGUUAUCAUGUUGACAAUGAUGAUGAGAACACAAGCAAUAUUCACAAAGAGAGGCCACUUGAAAAGGGAAUAGUGGAAGCUAUAAAUGAGGAUGAUUUGAGUUUGCCACAAUCCCUUUCUAAUAAAGGUCUUGAAAUUGAUAUAGAUGGUAAAAACAACAUCCUUAAAGUGAAAUGUGAUGUGGUAAUUGUCGGUUCCGGUUGUGGUGGAGGAGUUGCGGCCGGUGUUCUAGCAAGUUCAGGCCUUAAAGUACUUGUUCUUGAGAAAGGUAACUAUUUUACUCCAAAGGAUUAUUCUUCUCUAGAAGGUCCUUCUAUGAAUGAGCUUUUUGAAUUAGGAGGAACUUUGUCGUCAAAGGAUGGAAAUAUGGCUAUUCUAGCAGGUUCAACAGUUGGUGGUGGUUCUGCUGUUAAUUGGUCAGCAUCGAUUAAAACACCAGAUUAUGUGCUCGAGGAUUGGUCAGAGAAUCAUAAUCUACCACUCUUUUCAGGCAAUGAAUAUCUUUCGGCUAUGGACACGGUGUGUAAAAGGAUUGGCGUAACUGAUAAGUGUGUGGCGGAAGGACUACAGAAUCAAGUUCUCAGAAAAGGUUGUAAUAAACUCGGUCUUCAAGUCGAUUAUGUGCCGAGAAAUUCAUCGCAACAUCAUUACUGUGGUUCUUGUAAUUAUGGUUGUCGAAAAGGAGAUAAGCAAGGGACCGAUGUUACAUGGCUUGUCGAUGCUGUUGAUCAUGGUGCUGUAAUACUAACAAAAUGCAAAGCUGAAAAGUUUAUUUUGGUGAAUAAUAAGAAAGGGAGUGUGAGAAGAAAGAAAUGUUUAGGAGUUAUGGCAAAUGUUUUAACAGAAAACAUUACAUGGAGAAUUCAAGUUGAGGCAAAAGCAACUAUCUCAUCAUGUGGAGCACUUUCCACGCCGCCUUUAAUGAUCGCGAGUGGACUAAAGAAUAAGAACAUCGGCCGACACCUUCAUCUUCAUCCGGUGUUAUUGGCGUGGGGACAUUUUCCGGACUCGAUGUAUGAUCUCAAAGGGAAAACCUACGAGGGAGGAAUAAUAACUUCUCUGCACAAAGUGUUAUCAGAAGAAGACUCCAAAGUAAAAGCUAUAAUUGAAACUCCAGCAUUAGGACCAGGAAGUUUUGCUAUCUUGUUUCCUUGGGUAUCAGGAUUCAACUUCAAAGAAAGUAUGUUAAGAUAUUCGAGAACAGUUCAUUUGAUCACAAUUAUUCAAGACAAAGGCUGUGGAGAGGUUAGGAGUGAGGGUAGGAUAAAAUACGAGCUAGACGGAUAUGACAAAGAGAACAUGAAGCACGGACUGCAGCGGGCGCUGAGGAUUCUAAUAGCGGCUGGAGCUGUUGAAGUAGGUACUCACCGAAGUGACGGACAGAGAAUUGUUUGUAGUGGAACUAAUGAAAAAGAAUUGAAUAUGUUCGUUGAAUCGGUAUAUGCAACAGGAGGGCCAAUGUCACAUGAAGAAGUUUGGAGUUUGUAUUCGACUGCUCACCAGAUGGGGAGUUGUAGAAUAGGGAUGACUGAAAAGGAAGGUGCGGUUGAUGAAAAUGGACAGAGUUGGGAAGCUGAAGGACUAUUUGUGUGUGAUGCAAGUUUGCUUCCAACUGCAAUUGGUGUCAACCCUAUGGUAACUAUUCAGUCUAUUGCAUAUUGUGUUGCCAAGAGAAUUGCAGUAAUUUUGAAGAUGGAAUAGCGUAUAUCUCGCCAAUGAUUUUGAUCGGUGCAAAAAAUAUCUUUUCAUUUAAUAUUUGCAUACAUUGUUUGGAACUUUGAAUUAUAAAGCAGUUCAUGCAGUGAAUAAGUGAUUAGCAACAUUAUGGUGAA